AUGCACGUGGAUUCUAUGAAGAGAGCUCGAGUAAGUUCGAUGUAUGAAGGUAAAGAGAGAUACAGAUCAAGUGAAGGAGACAAAGCUCGAAGGGAUCAUUCAAAACAUGCAAGGAUGACUGCAAAAGCUCGAAUGAACGUUCACAAAGAGAGCAUGAAAUCUCCGACGAAAGAUAAGAAAGUGGUAAUGACCAUGAAGUCCAUGAGAAAGAACGACAAGACGCAUGACUAUCAAAAAACUGUUAUUAUUAGGGCUGCUGAAAAGGUAAAGGAGGACAAGGAUAAUGGUGAGGUGGAGAAUAUGGAGGAAGAAACAGAAUUGCCCUUGUCAAGGUGGGUCGAAGAGUGGCCGGAGAUGUUAACUUAUGAAGAGGAGUGGACAUGGUUUGCGUUUAUGUUCGGAUGGGGAUGUUGGUGGCGUUAUGAUAAAGUGAUGAACGGUGAGAGUUGGUAUGACUGA